AUGGCGCUUUCGCAUGUCCCACCACUUCGUGAUUAUUUUUUGCGUGAAGAAAAUUAUGCAGAUGUAAAACGCCCACCUGGUGAUAAGCUAAUAAUGCUGCCCAAACGUUUCGGUGAAUUGUUGCGAAAGCUGUGGAACCCGAAAGCAUUCAAAGCACAUGUUUCACCUCAUGAAAUGCUACAGGCCAGUGUUCUGUGUAGCAACAAAAAAUUUCAGAUCACCAAACAAGGAGAUGCCGCUGAGUUUCUGAAUUUCCUGCUUAAUACACUUCACAGAGCGUUGAAUGGUACUCGCAAGACCUCUUCAUCAAUAAUUUACAAAAUAUUUCGUGGUCAUUUACAUGAGUACACACGAAAAGUGAUACCAGUGGAAACAACUGAGGAGGCUCGGCGAGCAUUGCUCGAAACAGAUGAAUAUAAGGAGAAGAAGCUUGAAGUACCGUUCCUUUAUCUGACCUUGGAUUUGCCGGCUGCUCCAUUAUAUCGUGAUGAGCAGAUGCAAAAUAUCAUACCACAAGUGCCUCUCUCUGCUCUUAUAACAAAAUUUAAUGGUGUCACUGAAAAG